AUGAGCUCCUCCAACUCUUCAAGAAAAUAUGGGGCUUCCUCUGUUUCUUCAAGAAAUAAACUAAUGAAUUUGCAUAAGGAACUGUCUCCUGAGUCGUUGUAUACCUUUGAUGUCGACCAAAGAAAUGGCCACGAGGAGUAUCCAGAUGCAACAACAUUGCAAUUUGAAUCUUUUUUGAGUCGUAUUAACAGUAAAAAUAUAAAUGUGAAUAUUGGAGAAGAGACUGAUAAUGUUAAGGAUACUAUCGAUGAGGAAGAUUUUCAUGAUUCAGAUUAUAAUAUUUCUGGUGAAGAUGAUGACUUUCAGGAGGUUAUAGUUGUAAACAAAAAUGUGAAAGGGAGGGGACGACCAAAAAUUACACCAGGCUCUAUCAAUGUACCAUCUAGUUCUGCGAUUGUAGUACCACCACAGGUUGUUGAUACCGAAUCUGAUUAUGUAGAUUCAGAUGAAAUGUUGGAGGAGGUUGAGUCUGAAAAAGAAGAAGAUAAGCUUCAGGAAAAAGUUACCUAUGUGGAGUAUAAUGAAGAGAAACACAAAGACAAGCCAAUAUUAGAGCUAGGGAUGACGUUUGGAAAUUUUACAGAAUUUAAACAAGCUUGCAUGGAGUGGGGUAUUAAAAAUAGAAGAGAGCUAAAGUUUUAUCCCAAUGAUACAGAGAGGGUGGUGUGUAUUUGCAAGCGAAAAGACUGUCCAUUUAGAAUUUAUGCUAGCAAGCUAAGUCAAGAUGAUUCUACCGUGCAGAUCAAGUCUAUCAAUUUGACUCAUAAGGGUGGCAUGGUGUUUGAUAAUCCCCACAUGACACCAAAAUAUAUAUCUAGAAGGUAUUUUGAAAAUUUUAAAGUUGAUCCAAAUUGGAGUAUAAAUGGAAUCAUAGCUACCGUAAGAAAGGACCUCAAUUAUACAAUAUCAUAUAAGAAGGCAUGGAGAGCCAAAGAUCAAGCUCUAAAAUGGGUGGUUGGAGAUGAGAGCCUUCAAUAUGGUAAGCUUUUAUCAUAUAGAGCAGAGUUAUUGAAUUCUAAUCCUGGAUCAACUGUUGUGAUUUGGAGAAAUGAAGAAAAGUUUCAGGGAUUUUAUGUGUGUUUUGGUGCACUGAAAGAAGCAUUUAAAUCAGGGUGUAGGCCCUUCAUUAGCCUAGAUGGAUGUUGGCUAAAAGGAAACUUUGGAGGAAAUUUAUUGUCGGCAGUUGCUAUAGACCCUAAUGAUUGUAUUUUUCCUGUUGCCUAUGCUGUCAUAGCUCAAAAUGAAAGUAAAGAAACUUGGAGUUGGUUCUUGGAGAUUCUCAGUGAGGAUCUAGAAAUAAGAAACAGUCAUCACAUAGCGUUUAUGUCGGAUAGACAAAAGAGCUUAAUUGGAGCAGUUAAGGACUUGUUUCCUUUUGCUGAACACAAAAGUUGUGUUAGGCAUAUGUACCAAAAUUUCAGAGGAAAACACAAAGGCAAAGCUUUGAAAGAUUUGGUGUGGAGUGCAGCAAUUGCCAGUAAUGAAAUAACAUUCAAGAAAUGUAUGGAAAAAAUUGAGCAAGAAGAUAGAGAGGCAAGAAAUUGGUUCAACCAUCCAGAAAGACCAUUUCAAAGUUGGACUAGAGCCUUAUUUAAAACAAAUAUUAGAUGUGAUAUGUUGCUCAACAAUUUGUGUGAAAGCUUCAACAAGUAUAUACUUGAUGCCAGGGAUAAACCAAUCAUUACAAUGCUAGAAAUGAUAAAGAAUAAGCUAAUGAAGAGAUUGCAUAGCAAGAGAAUCUGGAUUGAAAAAUAUCAAGAUAAGAUUUGCCCCAAAAUUGUCAAAAAACUUAACAAAAUUAGUAAUGAGGCUGUUAUGUUUAAACCUGACUAUUCAGGGGGACCAAAGGUGUUGGUUAAUGGACCUGGGGACCAUAUGUGGUGGAUAUGA